UCCCCGUUUAGUUUUUCCAUGGUUUGGCUUGGAUAUCGGUGGAACUCUGGUCAAGCUGGUUUAUUUUGAACCCAAAGACAUCACUGCUGAAGAAGAGGAGGAAGAAGUGGAAAGUCUUAAAAGCAUUCGGAAGUACCUGACCUCCAAUGUGGCUUAUGGGUCCACAGGCAUUCGGGACGUGCACCUCGAGCUGAAGGACCUGACUCUGUGUGGACGCAAAGGCAAUCUGCACUUUAUACGCUUUCCCACUCAUGACAUGCCUGCUUUUAUUCAGAUGGGCAGAGAUAAAAACUUCUCGAGUCUCCACACUGUCUUUUGUGCCACUGGAGGUGGAGCGUACAAAUUUGAGCAGGAUUUUCUCACAAUAGGUGAUCUUCAGCUUUGCAAACUGGAUGAACUAGAUUGCUUGAUAAAAGGAAUUUUAUACAUUGACUCAGUUGGAUUCAAUGGACGGUCACAGUGCUAUUACUUUGAAAACCCUGCUGAUUCUGAAAAGUGUCAGAAGUUACCAUUUGAUUUGAAAAAUCCAUAUCCUCUGCUUCUGGUGAACAUUGGCUCAGGGGUUAGCAUCUUAGCAGUAUAUUCCAAAGAUAAUUACAAACGGGUCACAGGUACUAGUCUUGGAGGAGGAACUUUUUUUGGUCUCUGUUGUCUUCUUACUGGCUGUACCACUUUUGAAGAAGCUCUUGAAAUGGCAUCUCGUGGAGAUAGCACCAAAGUGGAUAAACUAGUACGAGAUAUUUAUGGAGGGGACUAUGAGAGGUUUGGACUGCCAGGCUGGGCUGUGGCUUCAAGCUUUGGAAACAUGAUGAGCAAGGAGAAGCGAGAGGCCGUUAGUAAAGAGGACCUUGCCAGAGCGACUUUGAUCACCAUCACCAACAACAUUGGCUCAAUAGCAAGAAUGUGUGCCCUUAAUGAAAACAUUAACCAGGUGGUAUUUGUUGGAAAUUUCUUGAGAAUUAAUACGAUCGCCAUGCGGCUUUUGGCAUAUGCUUUGGAUUAUUGGUCCAAGGGGCAGUUGAAAGCACUUUUUUCGGAACACGAGGGUUAUUUUGGAGCUGUUGGAGCACUCCUUGAGCUGUUGAAGAUCCCCUGAUCGUUACCUGGGGAGGGGUUCCUGAAACCUUCCACCAUGGGAUCUGUGUGGACUUCCAUUUCUUUAAGAGACUUACUCAAUUUCAUGACUGUGCACUACCUGAAACAAAGUGAGAAAGGAUGCGUGUAUUUUUCUAAGUCAUCAAGAUAAAUCCUUAAGAAUUCAGUCUAAACUAGCAAGGAAAGAUAUAUUCAAAACAACAAGAAAGUGGCCUAUGUCCAAGCAGUGUGAGGAUUUGCUGUAUAUAAGUUGCCUGCUUUGUAUUUUUGAAAUCUCUGCAUCGCUCACUGGAGAUGCUUCAGAAGAGAGCUGCUCUGUGUUCAGUUGACUGUGGUUUUGUGUCCUGUUUGAACUUGCUGAAUGUAAGGCAGGCUACGAUUUGUUAAAAUCUCAUCACAAUUUGUCAGUGUGGUCUUGGCAAUCAUCUGUGCAUUACUCUGGUUUGCAUUAAGCCUGUGUGUGAACUUAACUGUAAAACAUGUUUUAUUUCAAGGUUCUGCAAA